AUGCCCUGGCGAUCGUGCCCCACCAAUUUUUUUAUCUAUCCCAUUUCCCCACCAUCACCCGCCAAACCUCUGAACCUCGCAUACACAUUUACCCCAGCUUUGCCGCAUCUCGAGCUCAACUGUACCAUCCCCAGCACAGGCUACGCCCCAUAUAGCCUCCUUCACCGAUAUACAGCAAGAGACUCCCAGUUUCCUGCCGCAUUGCGCCGAUACACCGACUGUGCGAGGGCCAGCACUGGGCCCACGAGACCUCAAAAUUCCGUCUACCGACCACGAAAUCCACAUCGAAAUAGCACAACCCUCGUCAUGUCCUACUUCAAGACUGGCCAGGAGUGGCUGGACCAAUCCGCCUUGCUAAUCCAGGCCAGCCCUACCACUACCAAAAUCACAACACGAUACUCGAUCAAGGUCGUGAAGCGCCGUAAACCCGCCGUCGCCGACACCGCCGCCGCCGCGGAGAAGCCGCCGCGCGCCGUGCUCGUCCUCAAGACGUUUGACCCCUGCAGCGGCGUGACGCUCAAGUACCGCACGACCAAGGCGGCCGAGGUGUCGCGGUUGAUGGGCGCCGCCAUGGGCCAGCUGGGCCGCAGCAUGGCCGCGCUGCCCGAUGUGUCGGCGGAGGAGCCCAUGCCGGAUGCUGCCGUUGACGAGGAAGUGCAGAAGCCGCAGCCGGCGGCGCCGGCGCCAGCCCCGCAGGCGCAGAGUGCGCCAGCGACGGGAGGUGGUGGCAAGAAGAAGAAGAAGGGCAAGAAAUAG